UUUUAACUGAAAGAGCAAGAGCUCUUCGACAGGAGAAUCCAAUCAGUAGCAGCCCUCGGCAGGACAAGGCAUAACAAAGACACACCAGGGGAAGCCUGAGAGGUCAACAGGUCUGGUCCUAAUCUGCACGGUUAGAGAGCAGCACCCCAGCAAAGCCCAUGGAGUGAGAAAGAGCAGGGGGACAUACAGCAGCCUGUAGAAGCAAAGCAAAGCAAACUUUUGGACUUGCAAUCGAAACGGUCUGGAGCCAGCAGAGCUGCUUUCUAGAGCUGGAGCUGACUGAACGGAGAGCCAUGGUGCAGAUUACCUUCACGAGUCUUGUGUCCCUCUUGCUGUAUGCUUAUUGCCAGGACGCUGAAGGCUUCAGGCAAUAUCGACAAACCACAUUGGGAAACCAGCCUGGAGUGUGCCGCUAUGGCUUAAAGAUGGAAUGCUGCUAUGGGUGGAAGAAGAACAGCCAGGGACGCUGUGAAGCUCUUUGUCAACAUGGCUGCAAGUAUGGCGAAUGUGUUGGUCCAAACAAAUGUAAAUGCUUCCCUGGAUUUACUGGGAAAACUUGCAAUCAAGAUCUCAAUGAAUGUGGGCUGAAACCACGUCCCUGUGAACACAGGUGCAUGAACACACAUGGGAGCUACAAAUGCUACUGCCUGAAUGGCUACAUGCUCAUGCCUGACGGAUCCUGUGCCAAUUCAAGGACAUGUUCAAUGGCUCACUGUCAAUAUGGCUGUGAAGAAACCAAAGGGGAGGUCCGAUGCCUUUGUCCAUCCACAGGUCUACAGCUUGGACCAGAUGGCAGAACUUGCAUUGAUGUUGAUGAAUGUGCAGCAGGCAAAGCUCUUUGCCCCCAUAACAGAAGAUGUGUGAACACAUUUGGUAGUUACUAUUGCAAGUGCCAGAUAGGAUAUGACCUUAAGUAUGUCGAUGGCAGAUAUGACUGUGUAGAUAUGGAUGAAUGUGCUGGUGGCACCCACAAGUGCAGUCCUCACGCGGCCUGUCUGAAUACCCCAGGAUCAUACAAAUGUAAAUGCAAACAAGGCUUCAGAGGAAGUGGAUUUGAAUGCUCUGUCAAGCCUUUCUUUCAAUAUUCUUGGGAUGGAGACAAAGGCAGCGCUGACGAGAUCCUAAAUGCUGUUCCUGAAAGCACCAUUAAGGAUGUGCCACGGAUACUUGGUGUGGGCAAAGAUUCAGUAAAGAAGCCAUUUGUUCACAAAAACAACGGUGGGGAUCCUGACGAAACCAAAAAUGUCAUCCCUGAGCCCAAGGCUACUGUUCCCCCCAAGAUUCGACAACAGCCAUUUGACUAUGAAGAUGGAGUCUACAUUGGCAGCAAUACAGAGGAUGAAAAGGAUCAAGACAAAGUAUCUUUGGAAGAAGAUGAGGAUGAAUUUGAAAACCAGAUAGAAAGCAAGGAGAUCAGCCCCAGGGGGGAUGUGUUCAUUCCUGUGGAUUACGAGACCGCCAUCAGCCCAUUGACUGGACUGAAUGAAGCCCCAGCUGUUCUUCCAGGAAAUGAUGAAUUCAUCAUCGACUGCAGCUUUUAUCAAGGAGCAUGUGAAUGGAUUCAAGAAACAGAUGAUGACUUUGAUUGGAACGUUGCAGAUCAUGAUAACGGUGUGGGAUUCUACAUGGCUGUUCCUGGUUUUGUUGGAGAAAGAAAGGAAGUUGCACGCCUGCAACUUCCCCUGGUCACCCCAGUGCCAAAGAAUGGGCUCUGUCUGACCUUUAACUAUCGUCUUGUUGGAGACAGAAUUGGUAAAUUAAGAAUUUUAGUGGAUGGCAACAGCUCCCCAAUCUGGGAGCAGACCAGAAGCCGAGAUGACAACUGGCAGACAGAGCUGGUUACAUUGACACCAGAGGAAGGCACUGUCAAGCAUAUUAUCUUUGAAGCAGAACGUGGAAAAGGCAAAGCUGGAGAAAUUGGACUGGACAAUGUUGUCUUGACUUCUGGAUCAUGUCAAGAAGGAGAAGCAGAAAUUUUUUAAACAUUAACCCAAGUAAUUCUAGUUCUAAAAUUGAAAAAAGCCCCAGUUAUUGUUGCUGUGAAUGUUGUGCCUUAAAUGCAAACAAUUGCACCGUUUUCUUCAUUCAUGGCACUAAUAACAUCAAGGUGUUUACAUGUGGAAAUGCUUAGUGUUGUCUAUUAUUUGUUUGUUCUUGCAUUCAUUUUAUCAUCUACGUUGCAUGAAUAAUGCUGAAAGUACUGUGAUGGAACUUAUUUUUUUCUUUCUUUUGGCUCAUUGUUGUUUUUCUCAUUUUUUACUGCACCCACUGGCAAUAGUGGUUGGUAAUUCUUACAACAAGGAGGGUAUGUCCAAAGUAUGGAUAUUGCUAUUUUGUAAGAAUACAAUUUACAUUAGAAAGAACUAAAAAGGAAAAUGUACUAAUCUAUGAACAUGUGAGUGUUUAAUAUUCAUGUUAAUAUUGCAUACAGUAUUGAAUGUAUAUCUGUGUCUGAUAGGCUGACUCUGAUAUCUGUAGUUUGUCUUUAUAGUACAUCAAAUUUAGAAGGAAAAUUGCAUUAAAAGUCAAUCAUCUAUGCAGCCUUUAUCUGAACACUUAAGCCAAUUCGGGGCCACAGAUAAACAAUAAAAAUGUAAAAGCAAGUUGGAGUUAAGCCAUCACCAGUUUGUUCUGAAUGUGAAUGUAGCAGGCUUGGUGCAGAGCCCGCUUCAAGGCAGGAUGCCAGUCUAACACAGCACCUACAAUUCAUUAGGUUUUCAGAUCAAGUCUACUGAUAGUUCUGACAACACAAAUAUGUAAACCUGCAACCCCAUAUUGGUUUGGAAACUGAAUGAAUGAAUGCUUAAGCCAAUCUGGUGUGUGUGUGUGUCUGACUUGUGUUGGACCGAUGUCCAUCAAGGACGAGUUUGUACCUUAUUCCAGAAGCUAUCUGAAUAAGGUCCAGCUCCUCAGGGCCCUGGAAUGUUAAACGAGUGCCAGCAUGGACUAAGGUGAGAAUUUAGUAUGGCAGCCUUAUACUUUUGUAGGUUUUCAUAAGCCUUCUAGCUUAGGGUUGGAAACUGCAUGUUCUCCCUGUGGCCCCAUGAUUUCUCUUUUAGUGGUUGCUUGUGCAGUGCAAUUCACUUAUUUCAGUAUGGUGCUCCUCCCUGUAGAUAAGCUCACAGUACAUACAUUGAAUAAAAAUAUUGUUCCUACCAUAAUUCAAAGAUGGGGUUCAUGUGAUGUUUCAUUCUCGUGCUAUAUAUAUGCUAUAUAUAUGUGUGUGUGUGUGUGUAGGAGCCCCAAGUUGGUUGGGUGCUAUAAAGCUACUUGUUGUCCCCCAAGAGUGUCAAAAUAGAAAGUUGGUAUAAAAGAUGGGCUGAUGACUGUCUAAAUAUCUGCUAUGAGUGGCAUUUAAUGGGUCCCAAAGCCAUGAAAGUUAAAGAACAGAACUAACAUAAUUUACUUUUCACCUUCUGAACACAUAAAGCAGGUACUGUCAAUCGACCAAUACAUUGUUUCAAUAACUUAAGUUGUACUUGUUUUUUUUAUGUCAGUCACAGUGUAAUUGCCAAAGUUAUAAACUGUAAAUGUUGCUGUCAUUAAAUAAUAAAUGUUUCUUUUUUGUUUUU